AUAAAAGAGCAACCACCUGAGUUCAGGAGAAGACUUUCCUCCCACUGGCCGCUUGUUACCUGACUGCUGCUGCUUAGAACGAACGAGCAUGCGGUCCACGCUGCUGCUGCUGCCGUCCUUGCUGGCGCUGCUCGCCGCCUCCCGGGUCAGCGCGGAAAAGCCGCUGCUGUUUAGGCUGUGCGGCCGCGACCUGAUGCGGGCAGUGAUCUACACGUGCGGCGCGUCGCGCUGGCGGAGAGAGACCCGACUCAACGAGUUGCUGGAGGAUCAGAAAUCGCCGUUCGUGGGAUUCCAUCCUUCAAAACGGCUCCUCGCCCAAGGCUUGGGAUCAACCAGCGGAGAGGAUUCGAGCUACAGGCCGGACCUUUUGGAAGAAAUGUUGGCGGUUUACCGGAACCCAUCCCGGGACAAGCGCCUAUUCAAUCACACUCAUGCCGAUCUUUGUUGUCGGAGGGGCUGUACCAAAAAGCAAAUGAGCUUUCUCUGCUGAAGCAACGGGGAGCGGCGUCCGACCGCUGCCACGGUCCCUCUGGUCGGGGGCCAUUGGAGCGUUGUUUGUGUUUAAAUGCAAAUUACAGUACUGUAUAAUUGUUGUUCAACGCAAAUUCGGUGUACGGCAUCUGUUAAUUGAUUGGAAAAGAAACUUAUUUUAGGGUGCAAGAAUGCGCUCUCUGUUAAAUG